AUGUUUUUGGAUCUAUUCCACUCAAGUAACCGUGGGGGCCAAUGUCUUUCAUUCGAUACAUACUGUAUCGUUGUGACAUCUGGAGAGAUAUCGGUUUGGCCGUUAAAGAACCUUGGUACUAUCACCAUGGAUAAGUUAAUUUAUCUUGUUUAUACGUUAGGGACAUUCCUUGCAAUUACAAUGAAGCCAGUAGGAAUGAUCACUACAUUGCCCAAGCUUGAUCAGGCCCGAGCACCCAAGAGAAGCUACCAGUAA